AUGCUGAUGCUUCAGGAUAUCUCCGGCAUGAAGAGGUUCUCCUCAUACUCGGCUCCGAAACGUUUUUCUCCAAUCUGUUGGAAGGAUACUCAGAUUAGCACGAGGCUGUACAGCAAGUUCAGUUUCUCGGUUUGUGAUGAAACGCUCAUGAUUGUUGAGCUUAUUAUCCCUCCCUUGUCUCAAGAGUUUUAUGCAGACUUUGUUGCUGGUGAUCCGUAUCAUUUCACAUUGAAUAUGCCAUCAACCCACCUAUAUAUGCUCCCAGCAGUUGUCGAUCCCUCUGGUUUGCAACGCUACUCCGAUCGGGUUGUUGAUGGAAUUGCGGCUGUGUUUCUGGCUUUGAAACGUAGACCUGUCAUCAGAUACCAGAGGACCUCUGAUACUGCAAAAAAGGAUUGCACACGAAACAGCUGUAAGUGUGAAAUUGCAAUGGUGCACGAACUCAUAGGACUUCAGGAUAAUAAAGUGGACUUGAGAUUCAUUGGAAGUCUUCCAAAAGAUCAGCAAGUUGUGAUUAUUCUCCAGUACCAGGACAUGGCCAGAUUUGUUGACAGCUACCCUGAGUACAAAAAAAUGCAAGGCAACGUCUCAAAGCAUGCAGUUACGGAUCUCUUAAAUAACGAAAGUGUCUCUGACAUUGACCGGCUACGUUUGGUAAUGCUGUAUGCUCUGCGCUAUGAGAAAGAGAAUCCCGUUCAGUUGAUGCAACUGUUCAACAAAUGGCUUCACGGUCUCCCAAGUACAAACCAGGGGUAA